CCAUAUAAACCUAACGAAGAAGAAUAACAACAACAGGACAUCAACAUGGCGGCCGACAAUGAUCCCGAGACGGAAGUGUUCGAGAUCACAGAUUUCACCACCGCGUCAGAGUGGGAGCGGUUUGUUUCCAGAGUGGAGGAGGUGUUAAAUGAUUGGAAGCUGAUUGGGAACUCUGCAGGAAGGUCGCCCCCAGAUAAGGGUGGAUACACAACUGGCACCUGGUUGGAGAAGUCUCAGGAUAUAAACUUUGCAGACUUUAAAUUCUACAUAAGUCACUUCACCCUAAAACAAGAAAGUGAGAAUGACAACGAGAAGAAUACGCUCGAGGAAGAUGCUUUCCCCUCAGCAAUGCAGGACCUUCUGUGUAUGAACAACGACUUCCCUCCUCGGGCUCACUGCCUGGUUAGAUGGUACGGUAUACAAGAGUUUGUGGUCAUCGCUCCUGGAACCAAUUGCGAGGCGAUCAUCAGUGAGUCCAAAUGCAAUCUGCUGCUCAGCUCCAUCUCCAUCGCUCUUGCUAACAGUGGCUGCCAAGUGCCCAUGUUUGUGCAGAUCCAGCAGAAGUGGAGGCGGAUGUAUGCUGGAGAGUGUCAAGGUCUAGGUGUGCGCACAGAUUUUGAGAUGGUGCACCUCCGCAAGGUCAAGUCAGUACAACACCUGUCUGGGCUCCUGGACAUCUUCAAGUCAAAGAUAGGUUGUAAUCUGUCGCCUCCACCUCCAAUAAACAUUGCCAUCCGCUUCACCUACAUCCUCCAGGACUGGCAACAGCACUCGUGGCCACAGCAGCCUCCAGACUUUGACACACUACUUGGAGGUGAGGUGGGAGGAGUUGAGUUUGGCAAACUUCCUUUUGGAGCCUGCGAGGAGCCAAUCAGUGAGCUUCAUCUUGCAACCACCUGGCCUCACCUGACAGAAGGCAUUGUUGUGGAUAAUGACGUCUACAGUGACCUGGACCCACUUCAGGCUCCUCACUGGUCUGUCAGAGUGCGAACAGCUGAAAACCCUCAGUGUUUAUUGGGUGACUUCCUGUCGGAGUUCUUUAAGCUCUGCUGUAAGAAGGAGUCUACAGAGGAGUUUCUGGGGAGAGGAUUGGUUGAAGAGGAGGGCCAAGAAAACACUGACAUCAGCUCAGCAUUAUCAAGACUCACAGAGCCUACUGCAACAGUACCCAUCUCAAAACUGUCCGUCUCUAACAUGGUGCACAGCGCACGAAAACACAUCAGACGCCACCGCCGUGUUGCCGAGUCACCGCUCAACAAUGAUGUUCUCAAUUCUGUCCUGCUG